AUGACCUAUGGUUACUGUGCUUCCAUCAUCGGGAGUACGAUUGGGCAGCCGGGAUGGUAUAGCUUUUUCAAGCUCCCUGCCGAGGGAGAACCGGGAUAUGCCUCGAUCACAACGCCCGCUAUCUCCACAGCUAAUGGUGUCUUCAGCGCUGGAGGUGCUGUCGGCACAUUGUUCAUCAUGUGGUCAUGCGAUUACUUCGGUCGUAAGGUGAACAUCCAGUUCGGUGCCUUUUUCUCCCUCUUUGGUGGUGCGCUUCAGGCCGGCGCGAACUCGCUCGAUAUGUUUCAAGCGGGUCGGUUCGUUUGCGGCCUCGGUAUCGGUAUCCUAGUCACGGUGUGUCCGAUGUACCUUUCGGAAAUGUCGAGCGCGUUCCGCCGUGGCUGGCUUGUCGGUCAUCAUGCUAUCUUCCUGGUCUUUGGUUAUAUGCUUUCUGGUUGGGUUGGUUUCGCAUGCUACUAUGCCGAGGGCAUUGGUUCGUUCGGCUGGAGGUUCCCGCUGGCCCUUCAGUGUCUGCCGCCUCUUGUGCUCCUCGUCGGAUCUCCAUGGCUUCCGCGCUCUCCCCGUUGGCUCAUCUCCAAGGGCAAACAUGAGGAAGCCAAGGUCGUCUUAGAGCGGCUUCGUCAGUCCCCCGAUGACCCCGACAACCUGGUCGCUAGGGAGGAAUAUUACCAGACGGCAGAGCAGAUCCGUUUGGAAUCUGAGAGGCUGUCCGAGUACGGCAACGUGUGGAAAGCAGUUGUGAAGAAGAAGUCGUACAGAAAGCGAAUGGUAAUCGGGUUCCUAACUCAGUGGGGAGCAGAAUUUGGUGGGCCCUUGAUCAUUAACAAUUACGCUGUUUUGCUAUACACGAAUCUCGGCAUGAAGGGCGGUAUGCCUUUGCUCCUGAGCGCAGUGUGGCUGACGACAGCUGGUCUUAUCUACAACCCCUUGGGUGCUUGGCUUCAUGACAAGGUCAACUCGCGGCGCCGUAUGUACAUCACCGGUUUUGUUGGAAUCAUUGUCACCACUUCCUGCUUGGCUGCAAUGACCGCCGAAUAUGCUGGCACAACAAACAAGGCCGGAAACGCCUUUGGUAUUCUUUUCAUAUAUCUCUACCUGGCGUUCCAGGGAACUUUCUGCGACACGACCAUGUAUCUCUAUGUCUCUGAGAUCUUCCCAACCGAGAUCAGACCCAUAGGCAUGGGGUUCUCUCUUUUCGGGCAGUUUGCUGCUACCCUGGUCUUGCUUGAGACUGCCCCUAUGGGCUUCAACAAUAUCGGCUGGAAGUACUAUCUCGUGAUCAUCUGCUGGUCCGCAUUCUUCAUUCCAGUCAUCUACUUCUUCUUCCCAGAGACUGCCCGCUUGACUUUGGAAGAGAUCGCGAAGAACUUUGGCGAAGAAGUUGCCGUUCAUCUCACUGAUGCGACUGACGAAGAGAGAGCCCAGCUGGAGCGAACCUUUGUCGACGGCUCAAGCAGUGUGCCAUCUGAGCCGACCAAAGCGUUUGAGGCCAAGGCUGCUUAG